AUGACUGCGCAAAUAAGCGUGGACUCACUGCUCGCGGGGAAUGAAUUCAGCCUUUGUAAGCGGGCUUCCUACACGGAGCGGGCUGAGAGUCUAAUGGGCUUUGUUUGCGAUCACGCCCUGUCCACAACUCGAUAUGUGUUAGCACUUUUGACGUUAUACCCGGAAGAUUUGUUUGGUGGUUUGGGUGGUGCAAAGGGCGUGGCGACGGCCUACUCGUGCGGGGAUAUUACCCCAGGAUGC